CUGUUGUGACUGGGGACUCUCUGGUGACCCCUCGCCCAGCGCAGGCCGCCCGCGGAGCCGUCUGGCACUGGCCCCCGAGCCCCACGGUCCCUGUCGUUGGCUGUCAGUCGGCAGGCCUGGCCGCUCCCGCGCGAGGAGAACAUCUCCUCAGGGCCAUGUCCAGGCCGAGCAGCGUCUCCCCGCGGCCGCCGGCUCCCGGCGGGGGCGGCGGCGGGAGCGGAGGCGGCGGCGGUGGCCCGGCGCCGUGCGGCCCGGGGGGCGGCGGCCGGGCUAAGGGGCUGAAAGACAUUCGUAUUGACGAGGAGGUGAAAAUCGCAGUCAAUAUCGCGCUGGAGCGCUUCCGGUACGGGGAGCAGAGAGAAAUGGAGUUUCCAUCUUCUUUGACCAGUACUGAAAGAGCCUUUAUUCAUCGAUUGAGUCAGUCUCUUGGUUUGGUCUCUAAAAGUAAAGGAAAGGGAGCAAAUAGAUACCUAACUGUGAAGAAGAAAGAUGGAUCAGAAACAGCUCAUGCAAUGAUGACCUGUAAUUUGACUCAUAAUACAAAACAUGCUGUUAGGAGCCUAAUUCAAAGAUUUCCUGUCACCAAUAAAGAGCGUACAGAACUUCUGCCUAAGACAGAAAGAGGAAAUGUGUUUGCAGUUGAAGCUGAGAACCGGGAAAUGAGCAAGACAAGUGGGAGACUCAACAAUGGCAUACCUCAGAUUCCAGUGAAAAGAGGAGAAUCUGAAUUUGAUUCAUUUAGGCAGUCUUUACCAGUGUUUGAGAAACAAGAAGAAAUUGUUAAAAUAAUAAAGGAAAAUAAAGUAGUUUUGAUUGUAGGAGAAACUGGAUCUGGAAAGACCACACAGAUUCCUCAGUUCCUUUUAGAUGAUUGCUUUAAAAAUGGUAUCCCCUGCCGUAUAUUUUGUACUCAACCAAGACGAUUAGCAGCAAUUGCUGUGGCUGAAAGAGUUGCUGCAGAGAGGAGGGAGAGGAUCGGUCAAACAAUUGGUUAUCAGAUUCGAUUAGAAAGCAGGGUUUCUCCAAAGACACUUCUGACAUUUUGCACUAAUGGGGUAUUGCUUCGUACAUUGAUGGCAGGUGAUAGCACCUUGUCAACUGUGACACAUGUUAUUGUGGAUGAAGUACAUGAAAGGGAUCGAUUUAGUGAUUUUUUACUUACAAAGUUAAGAGAUUUGUUGCAAAAGCACCCAACUUUGAAACUAAUUCUUUCUAGUGCUGCCUUGGAUGUAAAUCUUUUUAUAAGAUAUUUUGGAAGUUGUCCAGUGAUAUAUAUACAAGGAAGACCAUUUGAAGUAAAAGAAAUGUUUCUGGAAGAUAUUUUAAGAACUACUGGAUAUACAAACAAAGAAAUGUUAAAGUACAAAAAGGAAAAACAGCGAGAAGAGAAACAACAAACCACACUUACAGAAUGGUACUCAGCUCAAGAGAAUACUUUCAAGCCUGAAUCUCAGAGGCAGAGAACUGUUCCAAAUGUGACUGAAGAGUAUGAUUUAUUGGAUGAUGGUGGUGAUGCUGUCUUUAGUCAGUUGACAGAAAAAGAUGUGAAUUGUUUGGAACCGUGGUUAAUAAAGGAAAUGGAUGCUUGUCUGUCUGACAUAUGGCUACAUAAAGAUGUUGAUGCCUUUGCUCAGGUCUUUCACCUUAUUUUAACUGAAAAUGUUAGUGUUGAUUACCGACAUAGUGAAACCAGUGCAACAGCUCUGAUGGUUGCUGCAGGACGAGGUUUUGCAAGUCAAGUAGAGCAGUUAAUUAGUAUGGGAGCCAACGUCCAUAGUAAAGCAUCAAAUGGCUGGAUGGCAUUAGAUUGGGCUAAACACUUCGGGCAGACUGAAAUUGUGGAUCUUCUUGAAUCCUACAGUGCUUCACUGGAAUUUGGAAAUCUAGAUGAAAGUUCUCUGGUUCAAACAAAUGGGAGUGACCUCAGUGCUGAAGAUAGAGAGCUCCUGAAAGCUUAUCAUCAUAGUUUUGAUGAUGAAAAAGUAGACUUGGAUUUGAUUAUGCAUCUUCUAUACAAUAUCUGCCAUAGCUGUGAUGCUGGUGCAAUAUUAAUUUUCCUACCUGGAUAUGAUGAAAUUGUUGGACUGAGGGAUCGCAUCCUAUUUGAUGACAAGCGGUUUGCUGAUAAUACUCACAGAUAUCAAGUCUUCAUGCUUCAUUCAAAUAUGCAAACAUCUGAUCAAAAGAAGGUAUUAAAAAACCCACCUGCAGGUGUUCGAAAAAUAAUCCUUUCCACCAAUAUUGCUGAAACCAGCAUCACAGUCAAUGAUGUUGUCUUUGUUAUUGAUUCUGGUAAGGUAAAAGAGAAAUCCUUUGAUGCACUGAAUUUUGUUACAAUGUUAAAAAUGGUGUGGAUUUCUAAAGCUAGUGCCAUACAGCGAAAAGGCAGGGCAGGGCGGUGUAGACCUGGAAUUUGUUUCCGUCUAUUCAGUAGACUCCGAUUCCAGAAUAUGUUGGAAUUUCAAACUCCAGAACUUUUGAGAAUGCCAUUACAGGAACUUUGUUUACAUACCAAGCUGCUUGCCCCAGUUAAUUGUCCCAUUGCUGAUUUCCUCAUGAAAGCACCUGAACCUCCACCAGCUUUGAUUGUUAGAAAUGCCGUACAAAUGCUUAAGACUAUAGAUGCGAUGGAUGCAUGGGAAGAUCUGACUGAACUUGGGUAUCAUUUGGCUGACCUGCCAGUAGAACCACAUCUUGGUAAAAUGGUUCUCUGUGCUGUUGUUUUAAAGUGUCUGGACCCCAUCCUUACAAUUGCUUGCACACUAGCUUAUCGAGAUCCUUUUGUACUGCCUACUCAGGCCUCUCAAAAACGUGCAGCUAUGCUUUGUAGAAAACGUUUUACUGCAGGAACCUUCAGUGACCAUAUGGCACUUCUGAGAGCAUUCCAGGCAUGGCAGAAAGCACGAAGUGAUGGGUGGGAGCGAGCCUUUUGUGAAAAGAAUUUUCUUUCACAAGCUACUAUGGAAAUAAUCAUAGGCAUGAGAACACAGUUGCUUGGUCAACUUAGAGCAUCAGGUUUUGUUAGAGCACGAGGUGGUGGUGACAUUCGUGAUGUUAACACAAACUCUGAGAACUGGGCUGUUGUUAAAGCUGCACUGGUGGCUGGCAUGUAUCCUAAUUUAGUCCAUGUGGACAGAGAGAAUGUAGUAUUGACAGGGCCAAAGGAGAAAAAAGUACGAUUUCAUCCCACUUCAGUUCUCAGUCAGCCUCAAUAUAAAAAGAUUCCUCCAGCCAAUGGUCAAGCUGCAGCAAUUCAGGCACUGCCCACAGACUGGCUAAUUUAUGAUGAAAUGACCAGAGCUCAUAGAAUAGCUAACAUUAGAUGUUGUUCAGCAGUGACACCUGUCACUGUAUUGGUAUUCUGUGGACCAGCUAGGUUGGCAAGUAAUGCUCUUCAGGAACCUUCAUCCUUUAGAGUGGAUGGCAUUCCCAAUGACAGUAGUGAUAGUGAAAUGGAGGACAGAACUACUGCUAAUUUGGCAGCCUUGAAACUUGAUGAGUGGCUCAAUUUCAAACUAGAGCCAGAGGCAGCCAGUUUAUUGCUACAACUCAGACAGAAGUGGCAUAGCUUAUUUUUACGCCGAAUGAGAGCACCAUCUAAACCUUGGUCUCAAGUCGAUGAAGCUACCAUAAGAGCAAUUAUAGCUGUUUUAAGCACUGAAGAACAGUCUGCAGGUUUACAGCAACCAUCUGGGAUUGGCCAAAGGCCAAGGCCUAUGUCUUCAGAAGAACUUCCUUUGGCAUCAUCUUGGAGGUCAAAUAAUAGUAGAAAAAGCUCAGCAGAUACUGAAUUUUCUGAUGAGUCCACUGCUGCAGAAAGAGUAUUGAUGAAAUCUCCAUCUCCAGCAUUACACCCACCUCAGAAGUACAAAGACAGAGGAAUUUUACAUCCUAAACGAAGCACUGAUGAUCGAUCAGAUCAAUCUUCUGUGAAAUCUACAGACAGUAGUAGUUACCCAAGUCCUUGUGCUAGUCCUUCUCCUCCAUCCUCAGGAAAGGGCUCAAAAUCUCCUUCACCAAGACCAAACAUGCCUAUUCGAUACUUUAUAAUGAAGAGUAGCAAUUUGAGAAACCUUGAAAUUUCUCAGCAGAAGGGUAUCUGGUCUACAACCCCUAGUAAUGAGCGAAAGCUCAAUCGAGCCUUUUGGGAAAGCAGCAUGGUUUACUUGGUAUUUUCUGUUCAAGGAUCUGGACAUUUCCAGGGAUUUUCUAGGAUGUGUUCUGAGAUAGGAAGAGAGAAGAGCCAGGAAUGGGGCUCAGCUGGACUAGGAGGAGUAUUUAAGGUAGAGUGGAUACGGAAGGAGAGUCUUCCCUUUCAGUUUGCACACCAUUUACUCAAUCCGUGGAAUGACAACAAGAAAGUACAGAUAAGCAGAGAUGGGCAGGAGCUAGAACCUCAGGUUGGUGAACAGUUGCUCCAGUUAUGGGAACGCCUUCCAUUGGGAGAAAAAACCACAACUGAUUAAUACUCAGAACUCCUUAGCGGUGAAAUAACUUCCUGACUUUUUAUAACCACUGAAUGCACUGACUUCCAAAAACAGAGUCGGGGUUGUGUGUUACUAUUAGACCUUUCUGGUUUAGAGUGUUGCUUCAGAAACACUGUCUUCAUAUCUUCAUACACAAGCAAAAUGGAUUGUUUAAAUUUUAUAGUGAUCAUAGGGAAUAAUUAUGUAAUGUUUUUAAUGAAUAAAUAUAGUAGUAGUAGUUUCAUUA